CCACUAGCAGAAGAGUGACACGCCAUUCAAUCGCUGCCUGGCCCUUCGCUUGUAGGAAGCAGCAGGCAGCUUUCAGCGUCCUCAUACAGAAGGAUAACAUCAAGAUCUGGUAGUAACCGACUGCAUCUGCGCUGCGUAGAGCAAAAGUUAAUCGUGUCGACAUGGGGAUCCGAAAAAAGACCAACAAGAACCCGCCGGUGCUGAGCCAUGAGUUUGUCAUCCAGAACCAUGCAGAUAUUGUUUCCUGUGUUGCUAUGGUGUUCCUUCUCGGGCUCAUGUUUGAGGUAACCUCAAAGUUUGCAGUGUUAUUCAUAACUGUCCAAUACAAUGUCACCAUAUCAACAAACGGCCCAGAAGAGACCGCUGUGAACCACUUCCAUCAUGGCAUCAAGGACCUGGCCACCACCUUCUUCUACAUGCUGGUUGCCAUCAUCAUGCACGCCAUCAUCCAGGAGUACGUUCUGGAUAAAAUCAACAGGAAGAAGCACUUCUCCAAAACGAAACACAGCAAGUUCAACGAGUCGGGCCAGCUCAGCGCUUUCUACUUGUUUUCUUUCGGCUGGGGCACGAGCAUCCUGCUUUCUGAAAACCUCCUGUCCAAUCCUGUCAGCCUCUGGGAGGGUUAUCCCCACACACUGAUGCCAUUCCAGAUGAAAUUCUACUUCAUUUGUCAGCUGGGCUACUGGUUACACGCUCUCCCAGAACUCUAUUUCCAAAAGACAAAGAAAGAAGAUAUUCCACGCCAGCUUGUGUACAUCUCCCUGUACCUGGUCCACAUUGCAGGCGCCUACAUUCUGAAUCUGAACCGUCUGGGUCUGGUCUUGCUCGUGCUGCACUACUUUAUUGAGCUCCUGUUCCACGUUUCCCGCCUGAUCUACUUCAGCAACGAGAACAGACAAACUGGUUUCACCAUAUGGGCCGUCUUGUUUGUCCUUGGACGGCUGCUCACCCUGUCCUUGUCCGUCCUCACCGUGGGCUUUGGCCUCGCCACAGCUGAGAAUCAAGGCUUUGAUUUGGCUGCAGGAAACUUUAAUGUUAUUUUUGUUCGGAUAACUGUCCUGGCUGCCAUCUGCCUCACUCAGGCCUUUAUGAUGUGGAAAUUUAUCAACUUCCAGCUGCGCCGGUGGAGAGAGCAUGCUCAAGCUCAGACCUUGAAAAAGAAACAAGUUCCUUCCAAGAGCAAAUCAAAGAAAGACAAAGCCAAUGGAGUAAAUGGAGUGAACUCCCACGGUGCUGAUUCACCAAGAUCAAGAAAAGAGAAGUCAUCAUAAACACAUUCCCCCUCUCAAAGAACCAUCUUCCCCCGUGCCUCCGCGGCUGUAUCCAAACCAACAGUUCCUCCAGCUCCUCGACCACGAUAUGCAUUUUCAGCUCCCACACAGGACCGACCUCCCAGCUGGACUUCAAGGGCCAGAAUGCAUUUAGCUUUUGCUUGCCGCCAGUCGUCCAGCACGCCUUGAUUUAAGAAUCACUGCUCUGCUGUGCCAUCUCAAAAGAAAAGAAAGCAAAUUCCGAAAAUAAACUAUUAAAAAAAGAGACCUUAUUUAAGAAGUGCCUAUUGAUACAGAUUGUUUUGUACAGGGUGUGUAAUUUUAACAAUUUCAGGAACGAUGACUUUAGUGUUAAAUGUUUCUCCCAAGUCAGGUCAUUUCAUGCUUUUUUCCCCAAAUAGUGUAUAUUCCAGCUUGUGAUUGAUUUUUCUCUUGUAUUUAUAAGUGCUAGCCAGGCUCCUCUUCUUUGCGACCGACUCCUGUCCCUCUGAGGGAUUUCUGUAAACAUUGUAUGGAGUUUAUGAAUUUCCUUCCCUUAUUUUUCCAUCAUUGACGGUUGCACACUGUCAUGUUAGAAUCUCUGGGUUCACACCACAGACUGUUUAAACUCACACAGCAAGACAUUGUUCGUUUUCACAGACACUUAAAGAUGGAAAGCGAAGUAUUCCGUUUUUAUAUCCAUACAUGGAUGAAAUAGGAAAGAGGAAAACAGGAGCGUCACCCUGUAAUACUGUAAAGUAGAUUCACACUUCAGUAUUGUGCAAAACUGCCAGCAAAGACGUAGAAACCUGAUGUAGCAUUUAAUAAUCGGGGUCAGAGCAGCUUUGUAAUCACAACCGAACAUUGCAAUGAAAUGAUGCAUACUCUGUUGCGGUUCUGCCUAACACUGUCAUUGAACACGCCUCGUAUUAAUUUUGAGUGUUAUGAUGAUGGACAGAAAAAUCAGAUAAAACAUUCCUUAAGCAAGUUUGAUUUAAUCAUUGUCUUGUACGGUUCCUCUUCAUUUGAUGUUUAAGUAGAAUGGUUUCACUGUAUUUGUUCGGCCUUGCAUAUAACAGAUUUCCUUUAAAAUGUCCACAGGAAUGAUUUGUUGUUAAAGCACGGGCUGAGGAUGAGAAAACCAUAUUUUGUUUGGCUGUUUCCCCCCUUACCCAUGACAGACUGUGCCAAAUGAGCCUGACUGACUGUUGAUAUAUGCCUUUCACUUACAUGCCAUAAAAUGAACCUAGAGAGCUAUGGAGUGCAGUCAGCCGUAUUGUAAGAAUCAAUCACCUAGGUAACACUGGCUUAUUCUAAAGAAUAAACCCAUUAACUAAUUUUAGGUACACAGUAGUGAGUCACGGUUGCCUCCGGCAGUAUAUCAGCAGUGUAUGUGGUUUUCUCAACUUGUCCUGAGGGUUUAUCUUAAAAAGGAAUAAAAUGUUUUAUUGAAAAAGAAA